CCUGUGGAACGUGUUUAUCUCAAUAAUUAUUAUCAUGAUAAAGACCGUCCUAAAUCCAUCUGCCGCAAAAAUUGCCAUAGGGAAGUUGAAACUCAAAUUCGGCAUUGGAAGCGGAAUUAGCGAGCCCUAUCACCGAGACAGAAGCGGACCAUGACCCCAGCUUGCCGAUUUGAUGCAGAGUCUCCGAUUCAGUUGCUUUGAACUUUAUCCUCACGGAAACCUUCCAAUCAUAGGAAGAGAAAGCACGCUUCGAGACUGUGGAGACCAGCAGAGAUUUGCUUCAUAAGCGCAUCCGAACCAGGUCACAUCACCGCUGGGAGAUCAGAUAAAGGCUUCUAAAAUCCAAAGACCCGGACUCGCCCAUAUCACGGCUCGCCUUUCGUAACCAAAGACAAAACCUGCACUGUUUUUCACCUUUUAUCGAUUAAAACAUUGGAGAGGUGUAAACCCGAAGGAUACAGAGUGACGAAAAAUGGUUUGCGAAGCCUGCAAGACUAUCCCGCCAGUUGUGGCUGAGGGCUAUGUUGAGAAAGGAAAAUGGGAAGACAUCGGAGGAUUGAAGACUUACAUCACUGGUCCCUCGGAUGCCAAAAGCGCGAUCCUAGAUAUCUAUGAUAUCUUUGGGUUUGCACCUCAGACCAUUCAGGGAGCAGAUGCAUUAUCGGCUGCUUUGGGAGUCUUGGUCUUUGUGCCAGAUUUUCUGCAGGGGGAUUAUGCAAAGGGCGAGUGGUUUGCAAACCCGACACCUGAGAAUUUAAAGCUAAAGGGAGAGCUUUUGGGCCGUGCUUCAGCCCUCGAAUCGAAGAUCAAACUCGUCACGCAAUUUGUCAAAGACGUGAAGACCAAGUGGACUGUUGAGAAAUGGGCUGCGCUUGGUCUUUGCUGGGGCGGAAAGGUUGUUGCUCGGACUUCAGGUCCUGACACGCUAUUCCUUGUCUCCGGCCAAGUCCACCCUGGCAGACUUGAUGUUGAAGAUAUCAAGAAGAUUAAGAUUGCUCACAUCAUCCUGGCCUCCAAGGACGAGGAUCCUGCCGAGGUGGCAAAGUGUAAGGAAGUGUUGGAAGGAAAUGCUGGGAAUGGCUUUGUAGAAACUUAUCCUGAGAUGAGUCAUGGAUGGAGUACGUUGAAGCUUUUCAACGUCCGCUCGAAACUGCCAACUUUACUGACACGAGUUAGUGGGUACCAGAGCCAACUUCAGUAACUUUUUGGAAGCUAGCGAAUACGAAAGAGGAUAUAACCAGAUUGCCAAGUUUUUCAGCAAGCAGCUUUAAACGACAUGGGGCCUUCCUUUAGCUCUUAUAGUUCAAUAGAUUCUUUACAAUGAGAGUAUUCUUCAUUAAUGUCUCAAUGUUUGG